AACCCCCACACGAAGCCGGGAAAACACUUCAGCCGCAGCCAAAUAGCAUUGAUUAUUUUGUUUCCCUUCCCUCACCGCCGGUGCUGGCUGUCACGCUGAGAUGACCCCCCAGUGCUCCUCCGUCUGCCAUGGCCACCCUUAACUCACAUUCCACUGCUAGCAACACCUCUACCCCUGGUCAUAAUGCCCCGUCCCCGCCUCAGGACCCUUCCUCUGGCACAUCCUUCGAACCUGCCACCAAAGAUCCCCCCACUGCUGCCACCAGUGACAGCAUGAGGCCCUCAGAGCCUGGGGGGCACCAGCUUGAGCCAGGCUGUGGCCUAGUCCCACCAAAGGAGACCAGGGAGCAUCCACUGGAACCAGGCUGUGGCCUAGUCCCACCAAAGGAGCUUGGAGCAGAGGAGGAGGAGGAGGAUGAAAUACAGGAGGAAGAAGCAGGGCCCCCUCCCCAGGACCUGAGUGACCACUUGCUCUUCACCGAAGAUGGUGCCACCUAUCUCCUGGCUGAACUGCCUCUCUCUGGCAACAGUGAGCUCCUGUUACCAAAGGGCUUCCCCUGGGGUGAGUCAGGGACUGAGGAAGAGUCCAGCCUGCCCCUCCGAGUCUGCCCAUCGCCCACUCACCUCACUGUCCUCCACGUCCAACACGGUUUUGACCGAAUUCAAGGCUUUAGCUCUUCUGACCAAAUUCUGCCCCAUAAUACCUCAGCGCCACCUCCGGCUGCCUGCGAGGGAGGGGAUGGAGCCUUCCGGAGCUACCGGCCAGCCCCACUCCCCCCCAGAGAUCCCAAAGAUGGCCCCAUAGGGAGUGGGAAUGGAGACCACAGGGAGCUCUUCUGGCUCUGCUUGCUGUGCCGCCUGGGGUUCAGUGGGCCCAAAGCUUUUGUGGCUCAUGCUCAGUCCCAUGGGGUAAAGCUGGCCCCAGUUCAGCACCAGAGCCUGCCAGGCUGCCCAGCUGUAAUACAAGAGGGGAAAGAGGGGUCCACAGUGCUUGUCAGUUUUCUGGAACCAAAAAUCUCUCCUGGCCCCCUGCCCUCCGCACCCCUCAGCAGUGGAGCAGUGGGUGGAAUGGUGAAUGUAGCCCAGGAUGGGGACAGCCCCCCUGAGGCAGGAAACCAGGGCCCUCCACUGCCCCUUGAGGAAGACAUGGUCCCCAGCCCACCUUCCCCACCUGCCACCCCAACUGCCUGGGACCCCAACCCAACCCAAGCCAAAGAAUCGCCAGUGGCAGCAGGCGAGGCAGGGCCAGAUUGGUUCCCUGAGGGGCAAGAGGAGGAUGGGGGACUUUGUGCCCCACUCAACCAAAGUUCACCCUCCCCCAAAGAUGGGGGGGCUCUCCUGGCCCGGGCUGACUCACCUGAAGAUCCCAAUGACCCACCCCGGCCCUAUCGGCUGGCUGAUGACUAUGCCCCAGCCCCACCGGCCUUCCAGGGUCUCAGUCUCUCCAGCCACAUGUCCCUGCUACACUCUCGAAAUUCCUGUAAGACACUCAAGUGUCCCAAGUGCAACUGGCACUAUAAGUACCAGCAGACCCUUGAUGUUCACAUGAGGGAGAAACACCCAGAGAACAACAGUCACUGCAGCUACUGCAGUGCAGGAGGGGCACACCCCCGCCUUGCGAGGGGCGAGAGCUACAACUGUGGCUAUAAGCCCUAUCGAUGCGAGGUCUGCAACUACUCCACCACCACAAAGGGGAAUCUCAGCAUCCACAUGCAGUCUGAUAAGCACUUGGCCAACCUCCAGGGUUUUCAGGCUGGCCCAGGAGGUCAGGGGAGUCCCACCGAGGCAGCACUUCCAGCCCCAACUGGGGAAAAGGAGCCCAAGGCCAAGUCUUCCUGGCAGUGCAAGGUAUGCAGCUAUGAAACCAACAUUUCUAGGAAUCUUCGCAUCCAUAUGACCUCAGAGAAGCACAUGCAGAACGUUCUGCUGCUGCAUCAGGGGCUGCCUCUGGGGCUGCCUCCUGGGUUGGUGGGACCAGGCCCCCCCCCACCUCCUGGAGCGACCCCUGCCAACUCCUCUGAGCUGUUCCAGUACUAUGGGCCACAGGGACUAGGCCAGCCACCAGCCCCUUUGCCUGGCCCAGGGCUGAGGCCAGACAAACCCUUGGAGGCCCAGCUACUCCUCAAUGGCUUUCAUCACCUGGGGCCACCUGCCCGGAAAUUCCCCACUCCUGCCCCUGGCAGCCUUUCCCCGGAACCCCGCCUUCCCCCAAGCCAGCUCUUGGGGCCCAGCAUGGAUGGCCUGCCCACAUCACCCCCACCAGAUGACGACCCAUCGCUGAAAGUGUUCCGAUGCCUGGUGUGCCAGGCUUUCAGCACAGACAGCCUAGAGCUGCUGCUGUACCACUGCACCCUGGGCCGAAGCCUCCCUGAAGCUGAGUGGAAGGAAGUGGCUGGAGACACUCAUCGCUGCAAACUCUGCUGCUAUGGCACACAGCUCAAGGCCAACUUCCAGCUCCAUCUCAAGACCGACAAGCAUGCCCAAAAGUACCAGCUAGUGGCCCACCUGAGGGAGGGCGGUGGGGGUGCUCCUGCCCCAGUCCCCCCUUUGGGGGAGGGUGCUCCCUAUGGGCCAGUCUCUCCCCUACAUCUUCGCUGUAACCUUUGUGACUUUGAGUCUAACAGCAAGGAGAAAAUGCAGCUCCACACCCGGGGUGGUACACAUGAGGAGAACAGCCAAGUCUACAAGUUCCUGCUGGAGAUGGAAGGGGCAGAGACAGGAGUGGAAUUGGGACUUUACCGAUGUCUUCUGUGUGCAUGGGAGACGCCUUCCCGAUUGGCUCUGUUGCAACACCUUCGGGCAUCUGCCCACCGAGAUGCCCAGGCCCAGCGACGACUUCAGCUGCUGCAGAGCGGCCGUGUAGCUGAGGAAGGAAUCUCAGCCCUUCAGAGCAUCCUGUGCUUCAGCCACGGCCAGCCCAGAACUCCUGGGAAAGGUCCUAUUACUGCCCAUAUGGAGCCACCCAUUGCAGAGAAAAACACUCAGAACAAAGCCCCACCACUAGCUUCUGAAGAGGCAGAAAAUAGGACUGGCCCUUCGGGGGACAAUACCAACCAGACUGUGGUGUACUGCUGUCCAUACUGCAGCUUUAUCAGCCCUGCCAAUGAGCAAGUACAAGCCCACACCAUAUCCCAGCACGCCGUGCAGCCCAAGUACCGGUGUCCACUGUGCCAGGAGCAGCUGGUGGGACGUUCUGGUCUUCACUUCCACCUUAGCCACCUGCACAAUGUAGUACCUGAAUGUGUGGAAAAACUACUUCUGGUGGCCACAACUGUGGGAAUGACCUUUUUGACCAAAGUGCUGCCUGGGACCAGUCUCAGUCCCAUAGGGGAUAGCCCUGAACCCCCGACUCCUGGAACUGAACCAGUAUCCACUGGAGACUCGGCAGCGGGAGAAGGUCCCAACCUGAUCCCAGAAGUCAGUCCAGACCCUCUACCAGAGCCUCCUCCACCUUCAGCUGAGGCCCCUGACAAACCUCUGACAAGCCCUGAAAAGCCCCUUUCUCCGGCCCCUUCCCCACUCCCUCAGCCUGACCCCCAGACUGAAGAAGCAUCCCCCACAAUGCCUACAGUAGAAGAGGAAGAUGGACCCACAGGGGAGUCUCGCCCAGCAGAGCCAGCCCCUGCUGAUGCCCGACAUCCCCUGUCCUACCGUAAGACCACCAACUUUGCUCUAGACAAGUUCUUAGAUCCUGCCCGGCCCUACAAGUGCACAGUAUGCAAGGAGUCUUUCACCCAGAAGAACAUCCUCCUAGUACAUUACAACUCUGUCUCCCAUCUGCAUAAGAUGAAGAAAGCUGCCAUCGACCCCUUGGCCCCAGCCAGAGGGGAAGGUGGUGCGCCCCCAACGGCUGCCGCUGCCACAGACAAACCCUUCAAGUGCACUGUCUGCCGCGUCUCCUACAACCAGAGCUCCACCCUGGAGAUUCACAUGCGAUCAGUCCUGCACCAGACUCGGUCCCGGGGAGCCAAGGCUGAUGCCAAGGCUGAGGGACCAGAGAGGAGCCAGGAAGAGUCCAAGGAGGCUGAGCCUGAUGGGGUGGGGGGCACAGAGAAGAAGCCAUCUGAGCCAGGCAGCUUGGUUUCCGGGCUGCCCUUCCUGUCCCCACCACCACCACCCUUAGACCUACACCGUUUCCCAGCCCCUCUUUUCACUCCCCCAGUGCUGCCCCCGUUCCCCCUCGUACCCGAGUCUCUGCUCAAGCUCCAGCAACAGCAGUUGCUCCUGCCCUUCUACCUGCAUGACCUCAAGGUGGGGCCCAAGUUGGCACUGGCAGGGCCCACCCCUGUGCUAUCACUGCCACCCACCACCCCCCCACCCCCACCACCCCCCCCCAAGGCUGAGCCAGCGGAGCGGGAACGAGAGCAGCCCCCGGUGGCCGAGGAGAGAAGUGAGGCAGGGCCUUCCUCCCCACCCUGCCAGCCUCCCAACGACGCGGCCCGGACAGCGGCCAAGGCCCUGCUGGAGAACUUUGGCUUUGAGCUUGUGAUCCAGUACAACGAGGGGAAGCAGCCAGCACCGCCACCCCCAACCCCACCCCCUCCUGAGGCCCUGGGGAGCGGGGACAAGCUGGCUUGUGGAGCCUGUGGGAAGCUCUUCUCCAACAUGCUUAUCCUCAAGACCCACGAGGAACACGUCCAUCGUCGCUUCCUGCCCUUUGAAGCCCUCAGCCGCUAUGCUGCUCAGUUUCGAAAGAGCUAUGACAGCCUGUAUCCACCCCCAGCAGAACCUCCCAAGCUUUCAGACGGUCCUGUGGACCCACCUGUUCCCCCGCUCUGCCCACCCUUCCUGGUGUCCGAACCUGAGGCUGGGGGCAGCCAGCCCACUGAGGAGCACCUCCGGCCAGGAGGACGCUGGCCCCAAGAGGAGGAAGACUGUGGGAAGAGUCCUCUUCCCCCACCUGCUCCUACAGGCCGCCGCUUCUCCCGCACAAAAUUCACUGAAUUCCAGUCCCAGGCCCUGCAGUCCUUCUUUGAGACCAGUGCCUAUCCCAAAGAUGGGGAAGUGGAGCGGCUGGCAGGGCUCUUGGGCUUGGCCAGUCGCGUGGUGGUGGUGUGGUUCCAGAACGCUCGGCAGAAAGCCCGAAAGCACGCAGGGGAUGGGGGUCCAGUGACAGCCAUGGGAGCAGGGGCAGGAUCCUCAGCCUGCAAACGCUGCCAUACUACCUUCUCUUGCAUCUUUGAGCUGGUUCGGCACCUCAAGAAAUGCUACGAUGACCAGCCACCGGAAGAGGAGGAAGAGGGGGAAGAAGAAGAAGAAGACGCGGCCGAGGAAGAAGAACCAGAGGAAGAGCAGGCCCCAGAACCCCCGGCUGGCCUGGAGGCUCCAGCACCAGGAUCUCCAGAGGGAGAAGAACUCUGCCCGGCAGAGACCGCCAAGCCAGCAGAAAGAGAGACAGAGGGGACAGCCCCAGCCUCCCCCUGCCCAGCCCACACCUGCGACCAGUGUGCUGCUGCUUUUGCCAGCCAGGACCUCCUGAGCAGCCACCAAAGACUCCAUUUUGUGCCACCAGUGCCCCCUGGUGCCCCUCCACACCUCUUGGACCUGCCCCUGUUAGUGUUUGGUGAGCGUGGCCCCUUGGUGCCAGGGCCCCCACCAGCCUCAGGGCCUCCUCUCAAACGCAAGCAUGAAGAAGGCAGCCUGUCACCAACAGGAAGUGAGGCUGGGGGACCCGGGGAGGGCGAGCCACCUCGAGACAAGCGUCUACGUACUACCAUCCUGCCUGAACAGCUGGAGAUCUUGUACCGCUGGUAUAUGCAGGACUCCAACCCGACCCGCAAGAUGCUGGACUGCAUCUCUGAGGAGGUGGGGCUCAAGAAGCGGGUGGUGCAAGUUUGGUUCCAGAACACCAGAGCCCGGGAGCGGAAGGGUCAGUUUCGAAGCACUCCUGGAAGUGUGUCCAGCCCAGUCAUCAAGACCUCUGCCCCACCAACCCCUGUCCCCUUCACAAAAUUUGGCCUCUUAAUGGGCAAAGUGGAAGAUGGAGUAGGAAAGGAAGUCUCCAAGCGAGAAGCACCCACUGCCCCCUAUGCAACAGCCUCUCCCACUGCUGGCCCUGCAUCCUUUCUACCACCUGGCAAAGAAGCUAAGGAGGCCAGUGCCACCCCAACACCCCCACUGCCUCCCCCACCUCCUGAGGAAGAGGUGCCAGAGGAGCCACUCAAGGCAUCUCCAGAGAGUGAGGUCUGCAGCCCAUCAGGAGGGGACCUGAGUGACUCAUCUGCUUCCAGCCUGGCUGAGCCAGAAUCACCUGGUGCUGGGGGUGGGGGUGGCAGCGGGGCUGGAGGUGGGGCUGGGACCCCCGACGGUCUAGGACAGCGGCGCUACCGGACCCAGAUGAGCAGCCUGCAGCUGAAGAUCAUGAAGGCCUGCUAUGAGGCCUACCGCACUCCAACCAUGCAGGAGUGUGAAGUGCUCGGAGAAGAGAUUGGGCUUCCAAAGAGAGUUAUCCAGGUGUGGUUCCAGAAUGCCCGUGCCAAGGAAAAGAAGGCCAAAUUGCAAGGGGUGGGAGGAGGUGGGGGAGGCAGCAGCAGUGAAGGCCCCAUGGGAGCUCCCCGAACUGACUGCCCCUACUGCGAUGUCAAGUAUGAUUUCUAUGUCUCCUGCCGGGGCCAUCUGUUCUCCCGUCAGCAUCUGGCCAAGCUGAAGGAGGCCGUCAGGGCCCAGCUCAAGAGUGAAAGCAAGUGCUAUGACUUGGCUCCUGCCCCUGAGGCUCCCCUGGUCCCUAAGGCCCCUCCACCCACCACGACUGCCACGCUCCCCCUAGGGGCUGCCAGCACUCUGCCUCGACUGGCCCCUGUGCUCCUAUCUGGUCCUGCUCUGGCUCAACCCCCACUGAGCAGCUUAGCCCCCUUCAAUUCAGGCCCUGCGGCUUCUUCGGGCCUCAUCAGUCUCGCUGCAGCCGCCUCUGUUUUGCCGGCUACUACAGUUGUCCAGCCCAGUCCAGCCCGCCCCUUACCUCAGAGAACAGAUCAGACCAACUCCACUGCAGUGGACCCUGUUCCAGGGCCUCUUGCUGAACCUUCAGGGGAUGACAUCCCCAGUGAGCGUAAGUGUGCUGCCGCUGGGGUCACCACUUCCUCUACUGACGCCCUCAAGAACCUCAAGGCACUGAAGGCCACAGUACCCACCCUACUAGGGGGCCAGUUUCUGCCCUUCCCCCUGCCAACAGCAGGGGGGGCUGCCCCCCCAGCCGUCUUUGGUCCACAGCUUCAAGGGGCCUACUUCCAGCAGCUCUAUGGUAUGAAAAAGGGGCUAUUCCCAAUGAACCCCGUGAUACCUCAGACCCUCAUUGGGCUGCUCCCCAAUGCCCUCCUCCAGCCACCACCCCAGCCCCCUGAGCCUGCGGCCACAGCUCCCCUGAAGCCACCAGAGCUGCACCUCCCCAGUGAGGGUGAUCCCGGGGAAGCUGAUGAAUUGCUAGCGGGUACCACUGGCAUUUCCACCGUGGAUGUGACCCACCGCUAUCUGUGCUGCCAGUGCAAGAUGGCAUUUGAGGGGGAGGCACCUGCUGCUGCCCACCAGAGGUCCUUCUGCUUCUUUGGAAGGGGUCCCGGGGCUGGUGUGCCCCCUCCUCUCCGAGUACCCAUCUGUACCUACCACUGCCUGGCGUGUGAGGUGCUGCUGAGCGGGCGGGAGGCCCUGGCAGCACAUCUGCGCUCCUCAGCGCACCGGCGCAAGGCGGCCCCUCCUCCACCCCCAGGAGGCCAGCCUGUCACCAACGCCACGGCUUUUGCCAAAGAGGAAGCAAGAUUACCUCACACGGACUCCAACCCAAAAACUACUUCUACCUCUACACUUCUAGCUUUAUAAACAGAGAAACCAAGAUAGGGGAAGAGAGAAGGGCUCUUCAGCUCUUCCUGCAUACCCCACGGGGUUCCUGGUGGGAGCUCAAACCCCCCACCCAUGCCCCACGGCUCUGCCCAUCCUGGGGGAGUCUCCAGACUUCAACCCUCAGUGGGCUUCACACACCCCACCUCCAGCAGUGUCCUGCCUCCUCCCCCAACACAGACACAUAACCUGGCUCCUAGACUCCCUACAAACAUACCCCUAUCCACCCCGAUUCUUACACGUACACUUACACAGCCUGCCUCCCCACAUAUAUACACAUACACACACCUUCCAUCCUCACGUCCUGCCUUCCCCAACAUUCUCGUGGUCUCCAAAGGCCUCCUGCUUCUUCCCUACUAUGUCCCCAGUCACAUGCACCUAUCCAACUCAAGUCCUCCGGUACUGUGCUACUGACUGAGAAACGCCAAAAAGAGAGAAAGAAAACCCAAGAGGACGAAGGGGGAAGGAAAAAAAUAUAUACCAGUCUCCUCUCCCCUCUCCUGCCUCCUUCGUCCAGAGCGCUACACCAGUCACAAACUUUCCAAGCUUCCAACUGGCCAGCCCCCAUCGUUGGGGCCCAGGAUGGGUAGGGAGCCUUGGAAUUCUAACCAAACGAGGUGGGGCAGGAAGAGGGGUUCCCUACUCCCCUGUUUCCCCUCCCUCUCCAGCAGGGGAACCUACGUAGCCUGGACUCUUGAGGAAGCCGCUGCCAGGAGCCCCUGUGCCCUUCUCCUUCCUACACCCCAGAACUGCAGUAACUUAUUCUCAAAGGCUUUAAACACAGAGAUCCUCUCAGCAGCCGUGGGCCAGCCCCUGGUCCCAGGCCUGCUACCAUUGGGCCCAGCCUCCGGGACCCGGUGCCGCCCACCAACGGCAAAUCCAAAGUUCUUUAAAAAACUGAGACACACACACAACCAAAAAAGAGAGAGCAAGAGAGAGCGUACGCACGAGAGAGAG